GACUGUGUCAUUAUUGGUGAGUCGGGUCCUCAGGAUUGUGCUGAACUGAUUGCGUUGAACGCAAAGCGGCAGAAGCAAUCUAGUGAGCACUUCAGAGGCACAGGCCAUGGUUUAAAAUUGGAGAGCGCAGCGGAUCUGGCUGGGGAGAUGACAGCGGAACAGAUAGAUGUUGUGCAUUUUCGCGGGAAGCAGCCGGAACAUGAGAUGGCGAUCUUGCGACAUUUAGACUGUCUCAAUUUCCUCGGUGGACCAGCAUUCAUGGACCACGAUUCUUCAAAUUCUACGCCACAGCAGGUGCGCGUUGCUGCGUUUCUUAGUAGGUCUGGCCUAGCUUGCGCGGAGUUUUUUGCUCAACAAGAGAAGUUUUCCGAUUGCUUUGGUGUUCUGCAUCUGCUGCUCUCCUCGCCACAAUUUGGGACGCACCACGGGCUUUCGGCUUAUGCUUCCGAUUCGCUGCUGGCUAUCUGCGACGUCUACUACCAGUUCGGGUCUGUUUCUUUACAGGACGAUGUGUUUCGAGAGCUAAUUGAUUCAGCAACAGCUUGCUUUGAUCCCACCACGUCUAGCAAUCUCGUUACACCAUCAUCAGUUGCUGCUUCGGGGAAGAGUCGCCCAGCGGCGGUUUUGCUGCGGCGGAUUGUGAAUAUGCUCAACCUGUUCUGCCGGUUCUCGGAAAAUCCGUAUGCCUGUGACGUUUUCGCAAGUGUGCGUAAAUUGGUGGCACAAAUUGAGCAUCCCUACGAUUCGUAUUUGGAGGACUCGUUUGCCGAGAGCGUCUCUCCUGCCGACGAGGAGUUCCUUUUUGGGGAAGCGUCGCCCGUAGCUGCCGCUAGAGGACAGAAGCAGACGAGCCCUGGCUUCGCAAAAGCAGCAGCUGAGUCUUCCUCUGGCGUAGCAGAUCAUCUUCAUGGCACCAGAAAAAAGAGAGACGAGAUGAAGAGGAAGGUUCAUAUUGCACCGGAGAAGGCAGUGAACGCCGGAAUUUGGGGUCGUGGUGCGCGGGUUUUAGGCCCGUUUGCGGUGCGGCAAUGGGAGAAGGCGGACCCCAAAACUGGAGGCAGUUUACAAAUUCGCAAUAAUCCGAUGGCUGUCUGUCCAAGACCUGAGUACGAAAGCGCAGCGGCGAUGCUGCGCACACUUCUGCUGGAAGAUGUACCCCUUGGACGCUGUUUGCUGGGAGACGACAGUGCGGUGGGGAAAUGCGGGCUCGCGAUGGUGUUGCUCGUGUGCAGUUUCUUUCGCGACCCUACUAGUCGUCGCUGGCUUGCGCCUCUCGCCACGGUGAGUCUCAUGUGCCUCGUCAAGGGAGGCAUCGAGCUGCGCGAUGUAGCAGUCGGCAUGUCGUCACCCGCCAAGGACGACAAGAAUACUAAGUCAGCCGCUGGAGGAAAAAGUGUCUACGGCGAUAGUACUUCAACGCGCUCCUCCGCGUUUGUUGCUGGCGGUGGAUCGACCUCUUCGUUCAGCGGGAAGGAUGGAUCGUCCUCUCUGUUCAAGGGGAAGGAUGGAUCGUCCAUUUCGCUCAAGGCCGCGGGCCGUCUGGUUUUCCAUGGGCGAAGCUACGAAGACAGCGCUACAGUCAACAGCACAGUCGGAGUCGGAAAUUCAAAUGGAAGCGAGUUUCUCCAUCUCGUUCGUCUCACUUUCAAGAUGCUGCACAGUGCGCAGAACACGUAUUUGGAGAUGUGCAGCCUUUUCCAAGAAGUGACACGCACCCACAAGGACUUGGUAUUAAAGUAUCCCUACGCUCUGGUCUCGCUCUUAAUAGGGACCGACGCGCCUGCGUCGAUGGAGGAGGGAAGACGGGCGAUCUUGUCGCAGGCUUUUUUCGACCGCCAGCUCUACCCAGAACUCUUCGAAGCGGAGGGAACGACCUUGCUCCUGGAUAACGCAAUUGACAAUAUUCGGAAGCAGGAAACCGAAGACUUGUUGGACCAAGUGCUGAACCAGAGCGCGCAGCAGGAGGCUGCUUCAUCCACUGUGGGCGAGAACAACAACCCGAGUGGCAGUGGCACGUCCGCCAGGCGGCGAGCUGAGAAUCUUGUCGUAGAACAGAAGACCUUUCUCAACUACCGCUCCUUCACACAUCUACUCCUUACUGCAGUCCUUCGCAUAGAUUGCGACUUUUCGCGCACGUUCAAACGAGAGUAUCAGCUUGGGGGUUCAUCAUCUACCGCAAACUCUGUUGGAGGUUCACCCUCUACGUCGACUUCGGUGGAUGCGGCGGUGGAUAUCGGGCAGGAAAUUUCACGAAGGGUUGCAGCGAUCGUGAUGCGAUCGGUUUGUACGUGGUUUGGUGGCGAGUGUGGCCCGGAUUCCUGGUACCAAGCUCUCUUCGUUGCGGUGGAGAGUGGUGCACUCUCAACGCAGGAUGCAGACGUUAUCUUGCCUGGGUGGAGUGACCACUGCAAUGUUAUUACUCAAAGAAGUUCAUCAACAAGAAGCUCUCCUGCUGAUGUAGUUUCUGUAGUGUUGCCUGUGAAAUUGUAUUCCUUGAGGGAGUUGCGGCUAAGUGCAUCCCCAGCAGCACUCUUUUCGCUGGAGUUUUCCAAUAGCCGCGUUUUUUCGAGCGCCAAUCCAGGCUCGCCGGAGAUGCAACAGCCAAAUCACAUUUUGUCCUUAGCGCUGUCUUCGCUGAAGCACCUUCGAGUGUUCGAUCAGCGGCUUCCAGCUGGACUCAAUUUUUUGCACAGCUCUCUGCCCUACUUUUGCUUGAAGUUGUUCGGCGCAGCCUUCUUCCAGGACGCGAGCAGAGAGAAGUUUCUGACCGACCUGAGUCGCCAGCAGUUGGACGAAAAGAAGCGUGCGAAGCCGUGUCGACGGUACACGCACCUUUUCCAUCCUCUCGUGCUGCCGAAGUUUCUCGUAAGCCACUUCUUCGACUCGGUUCGGCUUCAGCCUGGAAGCUUUUCGCAGGUAGGGCCGGACAUUUUUAAUCCGUUGUGGAAAUUCUGGACGUUCGAUAAGCGGCAGGACAACGCGUGGAUCUCCACUGCAAUCUCGGCGGCGGCGGACCGAGACUAUGUGCUCGGACGCUUGCAUCCGCAAGACAAAGACAACAUUGAACUCUUUGGAAAGAUCGCGGACGCGGUAGCCGACGAGGGUGUUUCAUCCAGCGGCGCAGCAGAAGCAGAGAUGUCAACACCUUCUGGAGCAGCAUCGACUACCACGACCAUGAUUAGUGUGAGUGACAGUGCUGCACUUGCAGUAGACGCUGCUUUUUUGAAGCAGGGUCAAAACUUGAGCAGUCUUCUGCAGCGGGUUCCGUUGUUAGAAAGUGAAACGCUGAUGAUCGACGAACUGAAGACUUAAGGUCAGCUUGUAUCCAUCUCUCUUAGCAUCUUGACACUUUUUUCCCUUGUAUUUUUUGGGAAAGGGAUCGAGAUGAGGGGAGCGAGAUGGAUAAAAGCUGACUCUAAAAGACGCUGUUGCGACACGGAUUCGAGUGUGCCUCGCCCUUGUUGGGCUCUUCUGAAAGUCGUAGUAGCAGUGCUCUAGUGGUUAUGCCAGACAGGUCUUCUGCUGGUUUCAACGACACGCGAGUGCUUCCGGCGCUGCAGGAGUUUGGUACUCGUGGAAGUUCGGUCUUGGGCAGCGCCAUGUACCAUUUGGCGAACGUAAGUUUGGACGUAGCCUUGUCUCAAGGACAGAGCGUGCGCGCUUGGCAGGUGGUCCUAGAGUCGUACUUACAGCUGUAUUGCGCAGCCCUGGAUCGCACUGCCGCUUACGAAUCCGUCGACAAGAGCCAGUCCUUCGUGCGCAAGAACUGCCCAGAUCUCUUCGUGCGCACACAGCAAGAAGAAGAUGACAGCAAGAAGCGAAAGAUCACCGUCAUGCCAAAGGCCAAAGCAAAGGCAGGGGCGCCACCUGCGAGUGGAGGAGGAAGUGCAGUAGCAUCCUCAUCAGCAGAGGACCAAGGUGGAAGUCAGAUGCUAGUGCUGAAUAACAGCGAGGUACGCAAACUGUCGGUGAUCGGUACCACCGAGAAGCACGCCGCAUACACGAAGGAGGACGAUUUGCGGGAACUGUUGUUCCGACAGUGUCUUGGAGUGUCCUCUUGGUUAGUUGCGGACGCACUACGGGCUUGCCGCACAGAGGUAACGAAGUUGAGGAAAGGACAGCAGCUGCUGCGCGGCGGGCCAGCAUUGCUAAAGCAGAGCGCACGGCGUUGGCUUUUGUCCUGUGCAGACGUCCUUUCAGUCCUGUUGCUGGAUUCCAGUGUAGUGCCUAAGCGCCGUUCGGUGUUGCUGACGCACGUUUUUGUACACCGCAUGUUGCACUUCCUGCUUCAGUGUAGUGACGCUGCGGCGCUCCUCCCAGGCGUUGUGAGCUACUUCAGACAAGAGUCCAGUGGUGCGGAGCUGCGUGGGCCGGCGGCCAUCGGUACAGCUAGUGGUGGUUUGAGGAACAAGUACAGCGCACCGUUCGUACAGAUUUUGAUGGAGGUGAAGCCAGAAGUACGAAAGCAAGCUGGAGUCGACAUUUUGCUCGAGCUAGAAGGAAAGUCAGGCGUGCCAGGAGAACUGCUGUGGUUUUUGCCGUUCGCGCUCGCGCGACACUUGGAGCGGUUUGAGACCGGGUUACCUGCGCGAGAUCGCAAAGCGACUAUUACUGCUUUGUGUCAAGACGCUUUUGCGAUGGCAAAACGCUGUGGUGCUGAUGGGCAACUCGAGAGUUUGUAUAGGCUACGCAAAUUCCAGAUCAAGAGCUGCGUGAAUCCCUCAGAAAGGAAAACCUUAUACGACAAGUUUCUCCAAGGGUUCGAGCAAAUUGUGGUGGCCGCUGAUGCCCAGCAGCGUGGGGAGGGCAUGCAGUCGGCUGCUCGCCGUUCGGACCUCGAAGAGCAGAGGAGGAAAAGCGCAAAUGGCGAAGGAACAGAAGGUGCAAAUAACAAUGGCAAUUCUGCCAAUGCCAACUAUGCGAAAAAAGCACGGCUCUACUGUGCUCGAGCGUGUUUUUCCAUUGUGCGUGAUUUCAUGCGAAGCAUUGUGGGCCAAGGGAGAGACGAUUUCCACGAGAAUUUGCAGGAAGAGGCGUACAGCUGGAUGCGAAAAGGGAUAGCGUUUCUUGAGAGUGUUGCGGAGGCCUUACCACUGCAGGAUCUUGACCUCCUCCUAGGAGACCAGAAGCAGGAUUCCUAUUUUGGAAAUUGCGCUAUGAAUCCGGCAGAUCAGCAAUGGCGCGAGCACAUCCCUUUUUCCUUCUUGUACGAAGAUGCUGGUGAGCAGUUGUCGUCUUCUGGAUCAUCGGGAGGUAUCGCUAGUAACAAGGCCUCCACCUCCACGUCGAGUGGAGCCUUGUCUUCCACAACUUUCGACGGCACAACAUCUCAAAAGAGCUGCUCCAGACACGAUCCGUGGGCCUUGCUAUUGGAGAAGCGAAGGUACUCGUUGGAAACUGAGGUGUAUGUCCGUGGAUGCGGUACAAUGCUAAUGUGUCUCUCGCGUGCUGCGCAAACGCAGACAUUGAAUCCAAAGACACGACCUGAAAAGUGCAAUCUUCCGAAAACGCAGUUUCAAAGUGACGUGCCACUUCCAGCUUUGAGAGUCGCAAUACAAAAGAGCACUUUUAAGCCCAUUCUCAAGAUGAUCCAAGCGACAGUGCAGUUGCAUACGGUACUAUUUCUACUUCAAAUGGGAUCAGAUACAAGUCGUUAAUCUUGUUAUCCCUGCUUACUUUCUGGAAUUGCAUUUACAUCGUCGACUUUUAGGUUUGACUACAUUACAACAAUUGCUAUUUCAUAGGUGUUUGAGAACGUGCGAGGCGGGGAUGAGGCUCGUAUGGCCCAGACAGUGAUGGAACAGCACACAAGGUGUUUACUUGCGAAGAUGGUUGUUCCAAGAGUCGCGGAGUUUUUCACGCCUAGCUGGCACGUCUGCCACACUUUGUAUAUCGUUUCCCGCUACUGUGGUUUUUGCGCGCGUGAGUUCGAGGACGCAUUAUACCAUUUCAUAUUGGCAGAAUUCUGCGGCUGCGUCCCGGAAGCGAAUAAGCGGUUUAUGACAACGAACGCGGCCGCGUGCUUCCCAGGUUUGAAACCACAAGAGUGGGUCCGCGAGAGACUUGCCGAUAUCAAGGUGGCAGUGUCACCCUUCAAAUUCAACCUCCAAAGAUCCCAGGCCACGCAUGCGGCCUUCACGACAUAGAAGACUUCGUUCUCAGCUUCUAAUACUUCUUGAACUUGAAGAACUGGCAUGUUGUUUUUCCAUACCAGUACUGAUGAAGUCACUUAAUCACAUGUCAUCAAAGAAGAUCCACCUCCUGAGACCAUGCCUAUUUUCAUAAUGCGAUGUUUCCCAUCUCCCUCACACGCAUAAUUAAAGAACCUUCACAGAGUUCACGUAGUUUAUGUUUCCCCAUUUCCCUGUGACGGAACGAAAAUCCAACACAUGGUUAACUUGUAAACUUUUGUUUUGUCCUGUGAGUUAGUCGUAACAAGACAUUGAUCACCUUUGUUUUUCGGAUAGUAGAAUAAUGGGAUGCGCUGGAUAUAGAUCAUAUCAUUCCAAGCACUGUUCUCUCUGCUCAAAAGCUUGUUAUAAUUACUUCUCAGGAGUCAUGUGUACUAGGCAAAAGUGCACUUCUGAGCAUCUCACUCAGAAGCAAAUCAACGUGUUCUAGCUUCCAGGGCCCUACAUUGUUAGGUUGUGC